CUCGCCGUGGACGGGAAGUUGCGCAGAGCUGGGCCGUGCUGGUUACCGUCCUUCCACUCCCUGGACAGGUGAGCGAUGGCCCACAGCCCUCCAGCUGCUGUGGCAGACUGCGUCCUGCGGCCUGAACAUCUGUAGCUUCCAGCUGGGUUUCUGCUCUCUGCGCUGCAAGUUGAGGUCAUCACCAGGUGAGAACACUUUCCUUCCUGGCAGCUCAGAAAAAAGGCCUGCUGAAGAACCAGAGCCGACUGAGGGGCGUCUGCAGUCACCAUGCUCGGGCCCUCCAACCUGCAGCAUGUCUUCGCCCUCUGUGUCUCCGCUGCCUUCCUGCUCACCACUGUGGAGAGCUAUGUGUGUACAAGCUGCUCCCGGAAGCAAUGCAGGUCUAACCUGACGGCGACCUGUGCCCCCUCCCAAGCCUGCUUCAGCCUCCAGCAGGAAUUCAGCUUCUCGGGACAGCAAAUUGACUUGGUCCAGGAGAAAGGCUGCUCCUUAGGAGCCUGUGCUCCACUGGCCUUCUCGGUGACAUUCGGGGACAGGACGACGUUCAGCUAUGACCGCCGGUGCUGCCAGGGCAAGCAGUGCAAUAAGGAGAAUGUACCUCUGACCCCAAAGUCCUCAAACCCCAAUGGCAUCGAGUGCCCUGCUUGCUACAAUGAAACCAACCUGUCCUGUAACCCAGUCCACUUACAAUGCACUGGGGCAGAGACAAAGUGCAUUGAGGUGGUCGGCACAGUCACAAUUAAUCGCAUCCCUUACUUCGCCCUAUUUGGUAUGGGCUGUGCAACGGAAUCUGCCUGCAACUUGGAAUUGAGUAUUGUGAAUGGCACAAAUGUCCGUUCCUACUGUGUGGGCCCCAAGAGUGGGAGCCCCCCACUGAUGUCCAUCACCUCAGCAGUUCUGCCUGCUGUCUUCCUGCUAAAAGUCUUGCUUUGAUUGUUCAGGGGCUGGGAAGCCCAUAAAUCUACACACCUGAAAAUAUCGGAGUCCAGGAUGCUUGCCUUUUCCCCAGCACUUCCCCGAAAUGGCAGGAUUCAAAGGCUGGUGUUUACCUAAGUAUGUAUGUAAUUACUCACGUGUGCCUGUUAGACGUUAAAAGCCCCACGCAGUCCCUCAAGCUUCCCUGUCCCCCCAGCAGCACGUUGGCGAGGUCUAACACGGUGUCUCUGCAAUCCCACCUUUGUGACAUCUCCUCAGUCGCACAGGCGUAUGCAGUUUCUUGCGGUCGAGGGCAAUGAUUUUGAAGGAAUGAUUCCGGGCAAUGAUUUUGAAGGAAUGAUUCCGGGCCCGGAAGGAGGAGGAGGGAGCUUUCCCACUGUGAAGCCCCAGCCACUGCUGAACCUCCUUACCUCAGAGCCCCGUGUGUGGAAUUCUUGCCAUGCACUAUGGAUCCUUCUGCUUCCAAGCGUGAACGGGCACCAGGACUCAGGCACAGGCGGCCUGUGAGGUAGGGUGCUUCUUGCUGAGUGCCAAGAGCAAAGUGAGGAGGGGCAGGUGCUAGGACCCAGAGAGCUGCUGCUCAUCCUCCAGGGCUGCACUCUGCUGGCCCCUCCUGCCCUGCACAGGAUGCCUGGCAAGAGGCUGGGGCACAGGAGACAAAGAGCCUUUGCAGAGCC